AUGGCCCGGCGCGGCAUCGCGAAGUCGUCGUCGGCAGAGGAUGUUGGCUUUGGCGCUGUGCAAAAAGGGGGCACUUGUGAUGUCCGCUUUGGAGCCGACAUCUUUCAGCGACCCGCGAGACCGGGCAGCUCUCGUGACGUUUACGAAAAACUGCCGACUCAUCAUACGCCAAAGCAAAUAACGUCGUCGAAGCGGAAUUUAGCGGGUGAUAGCGUCGUCCAGGAUCCCUGUCCAGGUCAACAUCACAGCCAGGGUCAUCGGCCAUCGGAUGUUGCUAUUACCAGAGACCUGAAGAAACAUGUCAUAGCAACCUCUCCUUCGGCUCUCCGUCGAGCAGCCAGACAAUCCUCACCCCAAUUUCGUCGCCGGCCAGCCGUUGUUUCAGAGACUUUUCAGCCUCUCGAUUCUUUGCGAGAAGCGUCUACUCUGGACAUCAACAAGCACAAUUAUGAGAACACGGGGUCAUCCUCCACUCGUGCAUCUCAAGGUGUGUUGGCAUACGGUCACAAUCAUCUACUCUCUCAUUUUCCUUGCUUGCACCCACGAUUCGCUGAAGUAUACGACAUACUAAGAGAUACAAUUGGCGAACGCACCAUCUGGGAGCAGGUCAAGAGACACUCGGCAGGCCAGUUUGAAUGGCUGUUGACCCAUCUGCCGUCCCCGAAUUCUAGCAUUCACGACAGUUCCUCUGAAGAGUACGCAUCUGAGCACGGAGCUGACGGCAAAGUUUACGUCUGCAAUCUAGUGCUGCAGAAGAAGCGGGAGCCACAUAGCGACAGCGAGUGCCCGCUCAAUUCAUAUUAUCUACUGGCGACGCCACUGCAAUACAGCGCCAACUGGACCGUGGAAAUGGAGGAUCCUCGGAUCGCCGGUGAUGACGAUUCCGUCACCUGGAUGGACCAUAGCCGUCCAGUAACGCCGCCAAUGAAGGUUCCCGAGAUUGUUCUCGCCGUUGAGAAUGCGGUUUCGCCAGCGUUUACUGCGGUGAGCGACAGGAGCUUUGGCGACAGCUCGUCACGAGCCACCUCAUUCUCGCUACCGCGGAUUGAGGACUCGCUGGAGGAGCUGGAUCGGCUCGAGGACCAGUUGGAGGCAGUGAACGCGUUUACGCAGUCUCAACAACUGGCUCUGGUAACCAGACCAUCACCAAAGGUUUCGUCUUAUUCAACACCAGAAGACGCAAUGAGAGCAUUCAAAAGAUCGACGGUAUCUGGUGCACCGGCCACAGUUCGCUCUAAACCUCCUGAAAAGGCCAUCGCAACACCGCGUCGAUCUGCGUCUCUAACUGUUCGGGAGAAGAGCCCUGAAGAGCCAGUCAAGGGAUCCUCGAGUCGUCGGUCCGGCCUUGGUGUAUUCAUGUCUAAAGCCGGGAACACCCUGGCAACUGUGGCCAAGUCUUCUGUUCGCUCAUCGAAAACGCCUACAAUUCCCAGUUUUGAGUUGCCGGGCAAGGCCGUCGCUCGACGCUUGAAGGAAGUUCGCGAAACCCGCGAGGCACAUCAUGCGGCGGCUCUCAAGGCACUAGAGGCCCCCCCAAAGCCGAGAAGCAACAAGACUUUGCCCAAGCCUACCUUUGAGCUGCCUGGAGAUACCAUUUCGCGGCGCAAGAGGGAGGAAAGCGAGGCUAAGCUGCGGGCCCAGGAAGAAGAGCAGCGGAAGAGACGCGAAUUCAAGGCACGACCUGCUCGGCCAAACUCUACGCCUAGCACGCUUCCCCGUGACACCGUAGCAAGUCGAGCUCGUCAGGCCAAGAUUCAGGAGGAAAACGCGGAGAGGCAGGCGGCCUUGUCUCACAAGGUCAAGCGACUGUCGCUGGGUCUUGUGCGCGAUGAGCCUAUGACGCCCACCCCGAGUAAGGCGGAAAAGCAGCGUGGACGUGGUUCCAUGAUUGCGGUCGCAGAGUCUAUCAACCGGUCGAUACUUGCAUCAGUGGUCACCGCCACCAAGAGUAAGAAUCCGCUAUCCAUUGAAAACAUGAUGACCCGGUUCCGGUCUAAGAGCAAAGAGAUUCUGGGGCACGAUUCUGCAAGCAUCAUGGAGAAGAAGAGUCACGAGAAGAGUGACAGACCGAUGACUGCCAAGGCUGCUCGAGACGAGGCUGCUGAGCGCUCUAGAAUAGCGAGUCGGGAGUGGGCAGAGAGGAAGCGUCGUAAGGAGGCGGCGUCUCUGAAGCAAAUCACGGGGCAAUGA